AUGUAUUAUCGGAAAGUUAUUUUGACACUGGAGAAUCGUUUUCCAGAGAUAGAUCAACUCACAAAUAAACAAAACGACGCUUUGUUUGCUUUGCUUAAUCGUGAAGAUGUGUUCGGCAUCUUGCCAACUGGUCACGGAAAGUCCAUCAUUUUCCAGUUGCUCGCUGACUUUUGCCAUGUCCUUUCUCUCAGAGGAUACGACUAUCCUCGCAAUGCGAUCGUAUUGGUAAUUUGCCCACUGAAGUCACUCAUUGAUUCGCAUAUAAGAGAACUGCAUUACCAUGGAAUUACAGCCACAAGUCUAACCGGAGAUGAAAUCGACGAAUCUGGAAUAUUGAAGGGCAAAUACUCGUAUGUAUUUGCGAGUCCUGAAGCUAUUCUACAAAAUGAAAAGCGGCGGAAAAUGCUGGAGAGCGACGUGUAUAGGGCAAAUUUAUUUGUAAACUAG